AUUAGACAACAUACCUAUAUUGAAUUUUCUAGUGUCCAAACUCUUUAUUUUCUCUUAUUCUCUCAUGUUCUCUUAAUCUCUCAUGUGCAUUAAAUUGCUUAAAAUGAUAUUUUUUGUUCUUCUUUAUGAGAAAUGCCGGGUGUCCUUCGCCGGCAUCUACCGGAGCAAGCCUAGGAUGCACCACAGCGGAGACUAAUCCCACGCCCCACAGUUCGGCCCUUCGGCCCUGCAGGGAGUAAAUCAGGAUUCAAACUGAUAUUUUGUUUGUUAUUUCGCAGUUGAUUUUUUUGAAACCCAGAUUUUUGAAUCAACUCCUGAAAAGAAUUGAUGCGAAAAUGACGCAAUUGGAUUGGGCAAGGGCCACGCCAGAAACAGAUUACACAGAAAAGAAAGGAAUCUUUCAUCGCGUGCCCAAGUACGGAAAUUCCAGAGGAGCCAAUGGAAGAUGCCCAGACGAUGUUUACGUCCUCCUCCACAGCCAAUCGGCGACGCCCACACCUCGUGCACUGCUCUGCGUUGCUCUGGUUUGCUUAUAUAUAGCAAACCAUUAAAAGCCUUCCCCAUUCUCUGCAAGUCUGCUGCUCCAGCAACCCAACUCUCAUUUUAGUUUUCAUUGGUCUUCACACCAUCUCCUUCUCUACUAGAAUGGCUUCUUCUUCAUCCUGUGCUGAUUCCCUAAAGCCGCUGGCAUACAAGAACCUUCUCCAAGAGUAUACACAAAAAUUAAAUUUGCCAUUCCCAAUUUACUAUACUAUCAAUGAAGGGUAUCAGCAUGCACCAGAGUUCAAGUCAACUGUUUUUGUUGAGGGAAUAGCAUACCCUUCUUCGCAAACAUUUUUCAAACUAAAAGACGCUGAGCAAAGUGCUGCAAAAUAUGCGCUUGAGUGCAUAAAGAAACAGACAAAGCAAGAAGAAUCCCUCCUUCUAGAUCAGGAUUCGAAAUUUUGGAAGUCGAUCUUGAAUGAAUAUGCUGUCAUGCUGAGACAUCCCAAAAUUCCGACAUAUACAGUUAGCCAGAUGGGAGAGUCUCGUCCUGCUUUUCUCUCAUCAGUGGUUUUUGAUGGUAAAACUUACACCGGUGACGUUGGCAGAAGCAAGAUAGAGGCAGAACAGCGGGCUGCACGGGCUGCAAUUCGUUCGCUUCUUGGAUCUGAUUCAACUGGUGUUCUUAUUAAUUCUAUCAAGUCCAAGUUCAGGUUUAUCUCCAAACCGCGAAAAACCAAGGGUGGAGGACCUGGCUUCACCCAAGGCAUCAUUCCCAUCCAUGAUCUGACAGUGGGUUCUUUGCUGCAGCAACAAAUGCCCUCGUAAAACACCUCUCCAAAAACUCAAAAAAUUUGGCGGUGAUUCCAGAGGGCAGAAUGGCUUAGCUAUAAAUGUUUGUGUCCUUUUCCUCUCUUCUACUGAAAAAAGAAGGAAUUUACGAGUGAGGAUUGUGGUUUGCAAGAGAGGAAAAUGUAGCGUCAUGGGCAGUGAACUUGUUAUAGUUGCUACCAUUGUUCUAGGAUUUCAGGUUUGCUGUUCCCAAUAUUCUGCUCACUGGUAUUCUCUUUGUGAAGAAGCUGGAAAGUUUAAUUGUCUGAUGUCUAUCUUUAUGUUCCCAUGCAUUUCUAAACACAGAACAUGGGUAUGUACAGGAAGUAUGGUCCAACAUUUGCGGAUUUGGUGUCAUGCUAGGACUAUGUUCUAGCUAGCAUUCCUGAUUUUAAGUAACGUGUUUUGGUGUUUGUAAAGCAUGGACUUGGAGAUUGGAUGAUGAACUCUUACAGAAAGCAUGGAAUUUUGCUUUUAUUUUUUCGAUACUUUGUGAAAUUCUGAUAAUACUUGCUGCGUAAAGUUGUUUCUUUGUGAUGAAAA